AUGAGAUCCUUCCUACCAAUCAGACUCGCCAUUUGCGCCACUUCUAUAUGCGCCCUCGUCCGCCAUGACCCCUCCAAACGCACUACAAGCGCCAAUGUCAGGACGGCUGGUAAUGACCCAUGGACACUGUCCGUCGCUCGAGGGACAAAGCUGCUGCAAGGCAUGAAAGGUGGUGACGCAGAAGCAGCAAGACUCUACGGUCUAGAUACAACGGCCGAAUCGCCUUUCGAUGGGGACCUGAUCGACAAAUUGCGGGAGUGGGGCUACAACGACAACAACGACGCUCUUACCCGGCAAGCAGACCCAGAGUGCAAUCUUGAUAGCCGUGACGGACACAUGCUUAAAAAAGCCUUUGAGGAACUGGGCAUUGGGACAAAGAGCAAAGGCCAGGGCGGACCAAACCAAUGCUUCUUGAUUGAGCACUUUGAUGGUCCAGCUGUCAAGCGAAGAGAUGAUGGAAACAUGCCCGAAAAGGUCGAUCAGCGGUACGAAGUCUGCGGAAAGGAAUACCGAGUUACCAAUGCUGAGCAUACAAUUGGUGUCAAUGCAGAGGCUGGAGCUGUAUAUGCGAUGCAGCUCUCUUCGGCAGCUAAAGCAGCCCGCAGACUCUGGAAAAGAGCACCGCUUGCUGAAGAACUCCCGGCUAUACGCAGCGUGUCUGACAUUGCGUGGGCGUUUUGGAGCCGCGCGCACGGAGGGAUAGGCCUCGAGAAUAUCAACUACCUCUUCGUUGUGAUGAUUGUUAACAAAGAAACGAAUCAACAUGUCAAGCGCGCCUUGGGUACGCUGUCGCCGCCCAGAGAGGAAGCCGAUGGUUGGCCAGGCCAUGAUUUCACAAUGGACACGGAUUCUGGAAAGGCGCUACUUGGAUCUCCAGUUGGACGCUGGGCAGGAUACUUCCUAAUGCAGCACAAGCGGCAACUAGGGGGGAACAAGUACAUAUCCAAGGUUAGAGUGUUCAAGAGUGAGAAGGAGGGAAGUUGGCCGUACUUUUUAUUCUACGUCGAGGGUCCGGAAACAGCCUCCAUUAGCAAACGAAAGAACGACAAGAAUGUAAAUGAGGGACAUGUAAGUGAGGCAGCCAGGGUUAUCACAAGAAGUGAGGAUGGGAGACGUGUGGUCAGAGAGCAUGUCAUUCGAGCACGUAUGUAG